AAAGUACAAUAUUUAAUGUGGAGUAGAUUAUUAGAUUAUUUACAUUUAGCAGACAUUUUUUAUUGUCCUAAGUGAUUUACAGUAAUUGAAAUAUAUUCAGAUACACUGAUGGUGGUGGCUGCCAUGCAUGGAGCCGACCAGCACAUCAGGAGCAGUUUGAGGUUCAGUAUCUUGCUCAAGGACACGGGAAUCGAACCAGCAACCCUCUGAUAACAAGACCCCUGCACCUUACCACUUGGUCUACUUAGUUACAUUCCAAACACAGAUGGCAAAUACAUUUUUUUUGUGCAGUAAUGUUGCAGAAAUCGUCGCAACACAUUCCUCAAUAGUGGUUUUAUUUUGAAACGCGUGGCAGGAAGUGCGCAGAUCCAAUAUGGCGGACUUGAUGAUGGUGGUCAGCGGCAGCUCGCAGCAGCAGGGCCGGGCGGGACGGGCAGGACGGGCCGGACAGCGAUGAGCCACAGCCGAUAUUUACCCAAACAAAUCAAACUAGAAGCCGGACUCAGCCGCCGGGGAUGGACCGGCGAUAGUAGCGCUGUUUGACGCUGUUCGACUCGGUUUUUGUCGGUAGUUCAUGAAGCUAAAGUCGUAGAGUUUAGCUAACUUAACAGAAUUGUUCCUCCGGGGGAAGGAAGUUUGCUGCGGCGGAGGAAACAUAAUAGGAAACCGGGGAGGGCCGAACUAUCCCGACAUGGAGGACUCCGGGUCGGCCCUGGAGAAGAAUGUGGCCGACCUCACGGUGAUGGACGUGUACGACAUCGCCGCGGUGGUGGGCCAGGAGUUCGAGCGGAUCAUAGACCAGUACGGCUGCGAGGCUCUGUCCAGGCUCAUGCCCAAAGUGGUUCGGGUGCUGGAGAUCCUGGAGGUGAUGGUGAGCCGGACCAGCAUCAGCCCGGAGACCGAGGAGCUGCGGCUGGAGCUGGACAAGCUGCGGCUGGAGCGGCUGGACCGGCUGGAGAAGGAGAAGAAGCACCGGAAGGAGCUGGAGCUGGUGGAGGACGUCUGGAGGGGAGAAGCUCAGGACCUCCUCACUCAGAUCGCUCAGCUGCAGGAGGAGAACAAGAGCCUCCUCACCAACAUGUCCAUCAAGGACCCCAUGAGUGAGGAGGACCUGCAGAGACACGAGGGUAUGACGGAGAGAGAGAGGCAGGUGAUGAAGAAGCUGAAAGAGGUGGUGGACAAGCAGAGAGACGAGAUCAGAGCCAAAGACCGAGAGCUCACGCUGAAAAACGAGGACAUAGAAGCACUCCAGCAGCAGCAGUCGCGCCUCAUGAAAAUCAACCACGACUUGAGACAUAAAAUCUCAGUGGUGGAGGCGCAGGGGAAAGCUCUGAUCGAACAGAAGGUGGAGCUGGAGGCCAGCGCUCAGGCGCGGGGGCAGGAAGUCGGGGCCCUUCGGCAGGAAGUGGCCCGCUUGAGGGAACGACUUCAAGGAGAACUUCCAGCCCAGAACCCCGAGGAGCAGCCACCUCAGCCCCCCUCACCUGCAGAGCGUGGUAAAGCUGCUUCAGUGGUGUUGGGUGCUGAGGGCUGGUCAGACACACCUGACCCGUCUGAGCUGAUGCUGGGUGGGGUUGAUCCUCCACUGCCACCCCUGCCUGGCUCCCUCAGCCCGGAGGGACACGAGGAUGAGGAGGCUGAGGACGAGGCAGUGUUGCUCUGGGAGGCGAUGUGCGAUGAGGACAUGCCUGCUGUGUUCCAAUAUUUUACCAAGGAGGCGUUGUGCGAUGAGGACGCGGGAGGCCUGGACCCGAAGGACCCCAACCGGCCCCGGUUCACCCUGCAGGAGCUGAGGGACGUCCUGCACGAGAGGAACGAGCUCAAGGCCAAAGUGUUCCUGCUGCAGGAGGAGCUGGCCUACUACAAAAGCGAGGAAACAGAAGACGAGAUGGUCACUCCCAGUCCUUCACCCUCACCCGACCUGAGGACUCGCUCUCGCUCUUCAGCUCAGCCAGAGUCGGGAAUCAAACGCCUGUUUAGUUUCUUCUCGCGCGACAAGCAGCGUGGCUCUCAGCGGAGCGCGCAGUUCGACGUCGGCUCGUGGGCGGGGAAAGACGACGUGUACACAGAACAGGCCCAGGAGGCGUUACAGCACAUGUAGCCACCAGAGAGAGAGAGAGAGAGAGAGAGGACUCGAACUCCAAAACUCUAAAAACACUCCAUGUCCAUCACUCGAGGCCGGCUCACCAAACCACCACUAGUGACUCGCACCGCGGCUGAAACAUCACGAGCUCGAGGUGAGAAGGCCGACAGAAAGAAGAGUGACGGAUCGGCUCGAAGAUAAAGAAAUCCUUAAAAACCUCUAAAAGAAAAAAAAGUUUAUUUAAACACCUGAGAAGCUUCAUGUUUAUCUCAGAGAGUGAUGGCACAUUCUGACUGCACAACCUUAGAAAUAGAGCGUUUUUGGUGCCAUGGCAGAGUCGGACAUGACGUCUGUGAGCAGGAGAGCAGAAGGUAAACUCAAGUUGGAGGAUGGAAAGUGGAAAGUUGUUGCAAUCCGAGCGGUUUGUACGGAAGCUCUGAGAGGACAAGAAACAUUCUGUUGAUUUAAAUCUGAUCUGAUUUGAACACAAAGAUCAUUUUUCUAUCUCGUUUCGACCACACGAGGCUGAAGUGUUUAAAACAAGAGGAAAUGUUACAAUUUAUUAUCUCCACAGAAGAAAAUGUUAUUUUAAGAAACGUAGAAAAAUCAUCCUUAUUUUUUCACCUGUUUUGUUUUUUUUUUUUAAAUGAUAAAAAUGAUUCUGACAAAAUCAAAUCACCUGUUUUCAUGUAUGAAUAGAGUAACGUAGAAGUCAGGAGGGAAAAGAGUUUUGAUCAGACUUUAUUUUUCUCUAAAGAGUCACCAGAAUGUUUCCUCACUUGCCUCUCUGGGCCUCUGUAGGUUGAUGAUAUGUUGGUAAAUGACCAGAAUAAAUGCAAGUUGAUGAAGAUUAUGACACAGAUGACGGCUCGGGACACAAAAGUGUGCUGCAAAUAAUCUGUUUAAACAUCUGCAGAAGUCGACCACAUGGAAAUUACUUCUAAAGUGUUUGUUAUCUGAUGAAAGAUGAAGGUUUCAUCCUACAAUCCCCAUAGAAAUAUAAAUCUAACCUGCAAAGAAAAGUUUUCCACCAGCAGCGACACUUUUGUGUCCCUUUUGAUUUAUUUAAAGUUUCUGUCGUUGCCCUUGUGGGCAGCAAGUCGGUCCAUCACCAGCAUUUUGCUAAAACUACGCAGCUCUACGGAUAAAAAGAUUACGAGGCUCGUGUAGAAAAUGAUGCUUAGAAACACAAUUUGAAGUACAGAACAAGAUGGAACGCUUUUACUUAUAACAGCAAGUAUGGAGGCUCACUUCUGCCAUGAAAAGAGAAAAACAGGAUUUGGUGUGAUAAGAAAUAGAAAUACUAAGAUUUUUAUAAAGUAGAGCAGAAUUUAGUUACAGUUUCUCUUCUAGUAUUUGGUAGAUUUCUCAUACAGGAACCUGUUUUCAGCUCGGAUGAUCUGUGAGAUGUUUACACAUCCAGUCAGAUAUUCACGACGGCUCCGACUUUGUAGUUUUGACUUUGUAUGAUUCUGAUUAAUAACUUAAUUUGUGGUAACCUUGUUUAGACUAACCAAAACUUAGAUUUAAAAUGAUGUUUUGAGUUUUAAUAAUAGUAACACAUCGUAGCUCAGAGAUCAGAAUCUCAAAACUUGAGAAAAAGAAUAUUUCUGUUUUAUUUUGUGGAACUUUUUGGUUUUUCUUCUUCUCCUGACAGAACUGAGCUUCACACACAGUUAUUAUUAAAUGAAAUGUAUCCGCUUCAUGAAAGAGCAAUAGUUGAAUCUAAAAAAGUGCCAAAGAUGUCGCAGCACAUCAUAUUUAUGUACAUAUAUUUAUAUAUUUUCUCACAGUAACAGCAAUAUUAGACCCACCAGCUGAACUGAAGCAGGUGAUAAAACUAAACAUUUGGUCUUUUCAUGAGAUUUGUUGACAAUAAGUAAAAUAUAACAAAAGCACUUUUAACCCUCAAAAUCAUGAGUAAAUGUGGCAAAUCAAUAAGCCACUGAGAUGAAUUGUAUUUUUUUAAAAAUCAACAAAAAGGCAGAUUUGUAAAAAAAGACACGUCGUGGUGAUAAUAAACACGAAAAACUGAAUUUACGAGGCAACAUUAAACAGACCUUUUUAAUAAACCUUCUGUUUCGUGUGUCGACGCCACAAAUAUCUGUAACUUCCAGCAACUUUUAGCAAACCAGCACUGACAAGAACGCAGCAACAUGCACCUGCGUUUUAUACAUGUUGUGCUUAUAGGCAUCAUUUAUACACAGCCUCAAAUAAAAAACUGUGUUGUCAGAUUGUAAAUCCUAUAAAUAUUCCUCAGAUUUCGCUCAGGAGGCUGCGGAGAAGUUAAAAAACAACCGAAACAGACUGAAGUUUCUAAAGUGGUGAAAACAAAGUGAAUGAAGCAGAAGUGUGGUUUAUUUCUUAAAAAGUGCUAAUUGACGGUUGCUGCUUCUGCUUUUUGCCUUCGUGCUUUAACACCGACUCAUGUUUCACUUUAUCUUCAUUUAUUUACUUACACGGCGAGCGAAGGUGAAUAAAUGAAGGUAACGAGCGUCAGAGCAGCUCAUCUGUUUCACACACUCCACACGAAAUAAUGGUAUUUAUUGCAGCGGUCUCAUUCUGGAGGACGGCUGGAAGUCAAAGGGACGACGUGGGCAUGAAAACAAAGAAACAUAAAAGGGAAAUGUAGCUGAACGAGAAAACCUGUCAGUGUUGAUCAUCUCACACGUGUUUCCCUCAUUAAAAUGGAUAUUUAAACAAUAUUAUGAAUGGAUCAGCGCUUUAUUAAACGAGCUGUCUCCUCAGUAAUAAAAACUCUGUAAUGUU